GCGAAUUAAAGCAGUUCAGUCAAGCUUUGCGGUUUCAGCGGGUUCCGUUUGGUUUGUUGAUAUGAACCAUUAUUUGCUCAACCCAACCUCACAGUGCUGCUGAAGUUGGAUAGUUCUGUAAGCCAAGUUUGCCGUUUAUGUACACGCCAGGGUUUGACUUUCUUUUUGCAUUAAUUCCCAUCUUCUUCUUCGCCUUCUUAUUACUAACUGACAAAAGCUGGCCUCACCAUUAUAUCUGCCAUCCGUGCUUUUCUAUAAACAAUAAAUAACAAUGACGUACUGAUUGGCCAUGGCGUCAUCGUCUCUGAAGAUUAAGAUGGGGAGGAAUGUCAAAACGGCACUUCCUCCCCUCACGCCAUUAACCUCUCGGUAGACUCUUACCCACAACGCCUCGGCGCGGAUACGUUUUCUUCUUCUUCUUCUCGUUUUUUAUCAAAUAAUUCAGACGCGCAUAUAAUUAAAUUUCGACGCAGAGAUACUGAUUUGCAGAGUACGCUAAUGGCGGAACCUUCUCGAAACCACCCGUUCCAUGAGGAGCUCCGCGAGAACGACGCCGGAGCGGCUUUCGUGCUCGAAUCGAAAGGGGAAUGGUGGCACGCCGGGUUUCAUCUUACGACGGCGAUAGUGGGUCCCACCAUACUGACUCUUCCUUACGUCUUCCGCGGACUCGGUUGGGGCCUUGGAUUCUUCUGCCUCACCGUCAUGGGGCUAGUCACUUUCUACGCCUACUACCUCAUGUCUCUCGUGCUUGACCACUGUGAGAAGUCGGGACGCCGCCAUAUCCGAUUCCGCGAGCUCGCUGCAGACAUAUUAGGUUCAGGAUGGAUGUUUUAUUUUGUGAUAUUCAUUCAAACAGCUAUAAAUACAGGAAUUAGCAUUGGAUCAAUUUUGCUUGCUGGCGAAUGCAUCCAGAUCCUGUAUUCAAACCUUUCUCCACAUGGGUCAUUGAAAUUGUACGACUUCAUAGCAAUAGUAACAGGUAUCCAGAUAGUUCUCUCUCAGUUUCCAUCCUUCCACUCUCUAAGGCACAUCAACCUGGUUUCACUACUUCUGAGCUUGGGCUACACUUUUCUUGUUGUUGGUGCUUGCAUUUAUGCUGGUACGUCAAAAAAUGCACCAACAAGAGAUUACUCGCUAGAAUCUUCGAGUAUGUCACGAAUGUUCAGUGCUUUCUCUUCCAUAUCCAUUGUAGCUGCCAUUUUUGGAAAUGGGAUACUACCUGAAAUACAGGCAACUCUUGCACCACCAGCUACAGGAAAGAUGGUGAAAGGGCUGGCAAUGUGUUACUCUGUGAUACUAGUCACCUUCUACUCUGCUGCUGUUUCUGGAUAUUGGGUAUUUGGAAACAAAUCCAGUUCAAACAUCCUCAAGAGCUUACUCCCAGAUGAAGGACCUCAAUUGGCUCCAACAUGGGUUUUGGGUCUAGGUGUCAUAUUUGUUCUUCUUCAACUCCUCGCCAUUGGUUUGGUCUAUUCUCAAGUGGCAUAUGAAAUCAUGGAAACAAAAUCAGCAGAUGUGCACAAAGGGAUGUUCUCUUGGAGAAACCUUAUUCCCAGGAUAAUUCUCCGCUCGCUCUACAUGAUACUAUGUGGCUUUCUAGCUGCAAUGUUACCCUUCUUUGGUGAUAUCAAUGGUGUAGUUGGAGCAAUUGGUUUCAUCCCACUCGAUUUCAUUCUCCCAAUGUUGCUGUACAACAUGACUUUCAAGCCUUCUAACUCAUCCCUAACCUAUUGGAUUAACACGUCAAUCAUUAUAGUCUUUACAGGCGUGGGGCUCCUCGGCUCAUUCUCGUCUAUAAGGAAGUUGAUCCAUGAUGCCAAUAAGUUCAAGCUGUUCAGCAGUGAUGUUGUAGAUUGACACUCUUUCUAUAAAAUAUAAAUGAACUCUUGUGCAUUAUUUGGUCUCUGAAUCUCUGUAUGAAUAGUUUGAGGAUUAGUCCAUUUCGUGAUAUACCUGACUAUUUAUGGAAAACAGCAAAAUAGUUUUAUCAUAAUUAUGUCUUCCAUCA